AUGGCCUCUCCAACUCAGGCGCAGGCCACAGUGCCUACAGCUCAACCCCUCACACCUCCCGCCGAAGCUACCGCUACGACAAAUGGUGUCUCCGCGCCCGCCGCAGCAACCUCCCAGACCCAACCUCACACCCCAGCCACAGGGCCUACAACAGCGUCACAGCCCCCUCCAGUCCCCGGAAUGUCCACCCAAGACAGCGGCAAAUCUCGCCGGCCACGGGACGUGCGACUGGUCCACAUGCUCCUCGCCUCGCUCGGCGUAACCUCAUACCAAGACCGGGUCCCAUUGCAGCUGCUCGACUUCGCCUACCGAUACACGGCCAAUGUUCUACAGGACGCCGUGCACCUUGCCACAGAAGGUUAUGCUGCAGCGACAGACGGCACCGCCGGCGCAAAGGGUUCCGCCGAAGUGGGCAGUGUCUCUCUACCGGCGUUACGUCUCAGCAUUGCUUCGCGCUUGCAUUUCCAGUUUCAGGCCGGCCUGCCCAAGGAGUUCCUCAUGGAUGUUGCGUCGGAGCGCAAUCGUAUUGCGUUGCCUGGUGUGUCGCGUGGCUUUGAUCCGGCUGCCGGCGCGGCGAAUGGCGCUGCUGGCGCUGCGAAUCAGAGUGUCAUGAUGGGUGGUAUGCGCUUGCCGCCCGAGAGGUUCUGUCUCACUGGAAAGGCGUGGGAUAUGAAGGAUGAGUGGGAUAGUGAGGGUGAGGGAGAGGAAAUGCCUGAUGUGUCGCAGCAGCCUGGGGCUGGUAGGGGCGUCAGUGGUGAUGCCGCUGAAGAUAAUGAGGGAGGAGAUGAAGACGAGAAUGAUGGCAAGAUGGAAGAUAUUUUCGGUGAAGAUACCACGAUGGGCGAGGCUGGUGAUGGAGAUGAGGACCGGAAAAUGACUGAUGUUUGA